AUGGCUUCUAAACAGAAACAGAGAGAGCCGUUCUGGCUGGGCGGUGCUGCUGCUUGCAUGGCAGUGUGCUUCAUCUUUGACGCAGCUAUUCAUCCCGUUCUCAGCACUAACACCCACAGUCGCAUGCAAGUGUUGAAAUCAAAGACGUCUAUGCUCAACGUUUUAUACCGAUUUGCAGCUCGAGAUGGCAUCCCCUCUCUUUGGACUGGUCUGUCCGCCUCCAUCCUUCGUCAAGGAACAUACUCGACCGCCCGCUUCGGCUUCCACACUUACUUCUCCGACAAACUCCUCAACUACACUGGCGCAAAGAAGCUUUCAGUAACACAGAACAUUGCUUGCGCAGGCGUAGCUGGUGGUGUUGCUGGUCUCGUUGGUAACCCUGCCGAGGUCAUCCUUGUGCGGAUGUGUGCCGAUGGAGCAAAGGCGCCAGCCCAGCAAUUUCAGUAUUCCAACGCGAUUGACGCUUUGGCGAGAGUCUACAGAGAUGAGGGAAUGGGAGCCUUCUGGAAGGGCCUCACACCCAAUAUCGCGAGAAGUGUUUUGAUGAAUGUGUCGCAGAUAGCUACAUACUCUUCUGCGAAGCAAUAUCUGACUGGCCACCUUGGUUUCGGAGACGACACCAAGACCCAUGCCAUCUCAUCCCUGAUGGCCGGUACAAUGGCCACAACACUCUGCGCCCCGGCAGACGUCUUGAAGAGCCGAAUUCAAUCAAGCGCCGGAAAAGAAGGUCUCCUCCAAGUCCUCCGCUCCGGUCUUCGAGAAGAAGGCGCCCUGUUCCUCAUGAGAGGCUGGACACCCGCGUGGCUACGCCUAACGCCGCAUACUGUUUUGACGUUUGUGUUUAUGGAGAAGCUUCGAUACCUUACAUCUUUUGGGAAUAACUGGCUGGGUGCUGGAAUUCGCUCAGCUGAACGGGAGACUCUGCGUUGA